CUCUCCACAGAAUGUUGCCUCCUGCUCUUUGAAAUUCCUGUUGAAUUUGGAGAAAUUAUGCCCUGGCUUCCCGUGUACUUUCCUGGAACACGAUGAGUUGCUGACGACAGCCUGGUCUCACCGCUUCACACCAAGUUUGCUUGUCUCAUUUGACUUAAAUAUUCGAGGGUGAGUAAGAGCAGAGGCAGAGAGCCUGGCUUUCCACAUUGGAUGGUGCUCAUUGCUCUUGGAGUUACACUCCUGGAUGCAUUGAUUAGAUUAGGGUGAAUCACCUGCUGGCCAAUGGCAAUCGGAAUGACUCUCCACGUGUGACUUUGUUGCACUAUUACAAAAUGGGGCCGGAGAGCCCUGCCCAGUCACCAGUGCCGAUGUGCAUUUGGAACGCUGUCUUGAGGAGAUGAGAGCAAAUUGUUCCAGCCGCUCAGCCUGUUCUGCCAACAGUUCAGAGGGGGAGCUGCCGGGGGGCCUGGAGCCACCCGGGAACCUGCAGCUGGUGUUCACCGUGGUGACGGCCGUGAUGAUGGGGCUGCUCAUGUUCUCUCUGGGCUGCUCGGUGGAGGUGCAGAAGCUCUGGUUGCACCUCCGGAGACCCUGGGGCAUCGCGGUGGGGCUUCUCUGCCAGUUUGGACUCAUGCCCCUGACAGCCUACGUGCUCGCUCUCAGCUUCUCUCUGAAACCAGUCCAAGCUAUCGCUGUUCUCAUCAUGGGGUGCUGCCCCGGGGGAACCAUCUCCAAUGUGUUCACCUUCUGGGCUGAUGGAGAUAUGGAUCUCAGCAUCAGCAUGACAACCUGUUCCACGGUGGCCGCCCUGGGAAUGAUGCCACUCUGCCUGUAUCUCUACACCUGGUCCUGGGAGCUGGCACAGAACCUCACCAUCCCAUACCAGAACAUCGGAAUUACUCUGGUGUGCCUGGCCAUUCCUGUGGCUUUUGGUGUCUAUGUGAAUUAUAGGUGGCCCAAACAAUCGAAAAUCAUCCUCAAGGUUGGGGCCAUUGUUGGUGGCAUCCUCCUUCUUUUGGUCACGGUUGCUGGGGUGGUGCUGGCCAAGGGAUUCUGGAAUUCAGACACCACUCUUCUGACCAUCAGUUUCAUCUUCCCACUGAUCGGCCAUGUGGCAGGCUUUCUGUUGGCACUCCUUACCCACCAGUCAUGGCAAAGGUGCAGGACAAUUUCCAUAGAAACCGGAGCUCAGAACAUCCAGAUGUGCAUCACCAUGCUCCAGCUAUCUUUCACCUCGGAGAACUUGGUCCAGAUGUUUAACUUCCCGUUGGCCUAUGGAUUCUUCCAGCUGCUGGAUGGAGUUCUCAUUGUGGCAGCGUACCGGGCGUACAGGAGGAGGCUGAAGAAGAGGGGCCGGAGGAAGCCCCCCGACUGUGCGGCCAUCAGCCUCGACAAGAAGCCCAGAGAGACGGGAGCGUUCCUGGAGGCGGAGGAGGAGGCUGGGGCAAGUGCGGGGCCGUCGGAGCCCAUGUUCCCCCGCAGGGCCCUCGAGCCCCUGGGCCAGCCGGCUCCGUGUGACUAGGGGCUGGGCGGCCCCGCGCCCCUGAGCCCCUGAGCCCCUGAGCCGGCGCCCCGGAGCCUGGGCGGUGGAACGCGCGCCUUCGCCUGCGCACUGGGACUCGUGCUGGGAGCACCGUUGUGAGCAUGCGUGUUGCUCAUGGCAGGAAUCUUUGUGGGGAUUUGUACAACCGGUGUGAACCUGCUGAGCAGCUUCUUGUUUCCUGGUAGUGGACAGGAGCCAUGAUCAUGGCUGGACCCAUGGUUUUUGUUUUUCUUUGGUCGGUCCUGGGGCUUGAACUCUGGGCCUGGACGCUGUCCCUGAGCUCUUCAGCUCAAG